AUGGAGGGUGGCCGCCACAAGGCUCUGGCCCUGAAGAGGUGGCGGCGCAUCCUCCUUUGGUUCGAAGAGAUGCUAGACAGCCGGAAGUGGAAAACCCAAGAAGGCAAGGCCGGUGACAGCAUGUACGACCUGCAAUGGGAUGAUGAGCCGCAGAAGCAGUUCCCCUUCAAGCCGGGUGGUCGAAGUGAGGAAAAGCUGCCGAGCAUGCUGCAAGUUGAGGAUGCGCUCCUCAAGCAGCUCCUUGGGUGUAUUCAUUGCCAGUGGGCCCGGGCGCAUGGCGCCGCAGCGGCCCUGCUCAACGGCGAGCUGUCCCGGAAGCAUGCGCAGUGCGCUGUGCAGGCUUGCGGGGUGUCCAGAAUCCCUGCAGAUGUCGAGGUCAAGAGCCGAUGCACUUUGGCAUGGCGGCUCUCAGAGGACGGGAAGUCCGCGGAAGCUUUAGCUGUGCUGAAGGAGGCACAGGCUCUGGAUCCACAGAACACUGAACUCAAAGACCAAGUUGCAGUCAUCACACAGAAGGACAACGAGACGAAAUCCAUCAGCACCUUAGAGGCUCUUAAGUCGCUGAAGCAAGACCUCAGCGACAGCUUUGAGGCUAAUGAUGUUGGCGGCCUCAAGCUGUUUCUGCAGGAGUUGGACUCUCUUCCUCUCACCUGGGAAGUGGCCUCAGAGACGAAGAUUGGGAAGGAAGUUGGGAUGUGCGCUAAGCACCCCGACGCCGCAGUGGCCGAGCCUGCGAAAUCCAUCAUCGCUCGGCUGCAUAAGCUUGCAAAAGCUGAGCGACCUCUUUGGGUAAGGUGA